AAACUUUGAUUUGUUCUUUUUCUUCUUCUUCGUCUUCGGUCUUCCUUUUGUUUCUUUACCUUUUUUUUUUUGAUUUUUUUUGAUUUGAUCUUCUCUUCUCGGUUGAAAUUUAGGGAUUUCUGUAAAAUUGUAAUGUGGUUCUGAGUAAAUCAUGAGCAAGCCUGAAGAAAUUUCCGACCCGAAUCCAUCCGUCCCGGAUCCGAAACCACCGUCUCGAUCUUCCUCCGAUGAGGCCACCGUCACCGUCGCCGAUGGGGAUCAUUCUGAUCUCAAUCAGGUUUCUGAGGAGCUAAGUGAUCAAUUCAAAAAUGUGGGUUUGGAUGAUUCUGCGAAUGAGCUGAGUGUGCCAAUUAGUGGCUAUGAGGGUAAUGUAGAAACGGAUUCGAGGGCGUUAGGCAGCGAUCAGAAGGAGGAAGAAGAUGAGAGCGAGCGUGAGAGUUCCGUCGAGAGGAGAAUGAUUGUGUACCCAGUGAGACCUGAUGCAGAGGAUUGUUCGUUUUAUAUGAGAACGGGGAGCUGCAAAUAUGGAUCAAGUUGCAAGUUCAAUCACCCUGCUCGAAGGAGACUUCAAGAUUUGAAUUCUCUUGGGAAAGUAAAUGAACGAGAAAGGGAAAUGAUUGGUAGGGAGAAAGCAAGGGAAAGGGAAGAGGAGGUGGAUAAUCUGAAGCUGAUGGAAUGCAAGUACUACUUCAGGACUGGAGGGUGCAAAUAUGGAGAGUCUUGCAGAUUCAGCCACAUGAAAGAACAGACUUCUCUGGCCUCACGACCAGAGCUUAACUUCCUAGGCCUUCCUAUCCGACCGGGAGAGAAAGAAUGUCCUUUCUACAUGCGCAAUGGCUCCUGCAAGUUUGGAUCUGACUGCAAAUUUAAUCAUCCUGAUCCAACGGCUAUUGGAGGAGUUGAUUCACCGUUGUUCCGUGGCAAUAACGGUGGAUCCGUUGGAUCAUUUUCCCCUAAGGCCCCACCACCCCAAGUAAGCUCAACUUCUUGGUCGUCAUCGAGACAUAUGAACGGUACUGGUACUGCUCCUUUUAUUCCAGCCAUGUUCCCUCAGAAUCGUGGAGUUUCUUCACCUCAAGCUUCAGAGUGGAAUGGGUAUCAGGGGUCUUCUGCCUAUCCACCAGAAAGGAGUGUGCUUCCUCCUUCCACAUACUCGAUGAACAAUUCAUUAGCUGAAACUAGUUCAUUCUCACAAUACCAACAGCAGAUACCUGUUGAGGAAUUCCCAGAACGUCCGGAUCAACCAGAGUGCACUUAUUAUCUUAAAACUGGGGACUGUAAGUUCAAAUAUAAAUGCAAAUAUCAUCAUCCGAAGAAUAGGUUGCCGAAGCAAGCCCCAUUCUCUUUCAAUGACAAGGGCUUGCCCCUAAGGCCUGAUCAGAGCAUGUGUACACACUACAGCCGAUAUGGCAUCUGCAAAUUUGGUCCAGCUUGUAGAUUUGAUCAUUCCAUACCGCCUACAUUCUCGCCCAGCAGCUCCCUAACCGUAGAAGCUCCUCAAGUUGGCGCCAAUGGAAAUGAAGAUGAUAGCUGGCAUUGACAUCACAUGUUCAGAAGCCUGCGUAAGGGAUGCUUUUUUCUUUACCAUCAUAGGCUUUUCAGUUCUUAGGAUCAAACUCUUCUUUUGGUUUUGGAGUUUAUGACAUUUAGGUAAAUUAUAGUUUCUAAACUACAUCUAUCUGGCAAAUCAAUGCUUGUUACAGGAUUCUCACUGAAUAAUUUUUGUUCUCUGGCUUUAACUGUAACUAUCUCCUCAUUCACUCUAAGGUUCAGUCUAAUGGAAGCAUGUUGUGGUUUAUGUUUU